AUGUACCCAAACCCUAGCCCACCGCCUGGCACCCGUCGCCCUCCGCCGCGGCCCACCGCGCCCGCUCCGCAGAUGAUGGCGCCGCCGACGCUGCUGACGCCGCUGCCGCCCGGCGCCCCUCCGCCGCCGAUGCCGCGCCCGUCGGCCGCCGCGCUGGCCGCCUACCGGCCCGACGUCCCGGUGCUGGCGCCGCUGCCGCAGUACGCGGCCCUACCAGAAAUCGUGCGGGCGCCGCCGGCGCCCUGCAAGUUCUGGUCCGCGCCGGGAGGCUGCCGCAACGGCUCGGCCUGCCGCUUCGCGCAUCCCGUGGCGGGGCGGGCCUCGUCCUACGCUCCGCCGCCACAGUACGUUGCGCCGCCGCGACCGACGUACGCGCCGCCGCCUCCGCGGCCCGCGCCGCCGCCGCCGCCCCAAAAGUUCUCGAACGACGGCUCGUUUUUGGAGGCGAUGAAGCGCAAGCUCGCGGCGGCGGCGCCGGCGGCCGCGGAGGAGGCCCCGCCGCCGGCGAAGCGCCCGGCGUCCGCGGCGGCGAAGGCCCGGCGCAUGAAGAAGAAAGCCGAGGCGCCGCCCGCCGCGGCGCCGCGCGGGUCCGGGAGACUAACGCCUGCCGCGCUGACGUUGACCACUCUUGACGAUGAUGAUGAUAUUGUGCCUAUUGGUUAUGAUGAUGACGGCGCGCGGCGCGGCGAGGAGGCUCUCUGGAGCGCCAAGGCCGAAGCUGCGGCGCUGAAGGAGGCGACGCGGCGCGCGCGGUGCGCGCUUCGACGAGCCGAGGCGCCCCCGGCGCGAGACGCAAGCCCGUCCUAA